ACCCUAGACUUGUCAAAGAGAGGUCAAAGAGCUAAGUUGAUCAGUGUCCCUCAAAUUCUCAGAGCCCCACCCAGACCCAGCAGAUGGCGGUUUCUGACGCGGUGGUUAGGAACUUGACGACGAUUUACGUGGCGGUCAUCGUCGCCAUCAAGGCGUACGGGGUGGUGUUUGGGCAGAGCUUCGGUGGUGCCUUUGUGUUAAUCCUCUCCACCUCCGUGGUGUGCCUUAUCCUGUUCCUGACUCUGGCGUGGGACGUCUCCCGUAAAGCCACGUACGCAGUUUCGCGCGACGACAAUCCUCCUCCCGUUGCUCAUGAGACGUGCAAGGGUGGUAUUUGCUGGCACGGCGUGCGCGUCCGAUCGUCGGCUUCGGACGUCCGGUUUAGGCUCCCGCAACAAAUCGGCUAUGGAGGCUCUUCGUAAAUUUGAUAAAUAACAGGGGGGGGGAAAUGAAAAAGAAAAGAUUGAGGUGGGUGAAAUCUCUCUUUCUUGGUCGUUGGUGUGUAUGUAUCUUGUUUAUUUAGUAAAUCUACUAACGCCAAUACAGAGGUUUGCUUUUUGGAUGGAGCGAGGGAUAUGAUUGUAAAUAAAUAAUUAUUCCGGACAAGGUGAUGAUAUUUAGCAAUUUUGUGUUAUAAAUAAAUUGGCCUCACUUUUGAUUAUUUAAA